GGGGUUCGUGGUUAUAUGAUCCCUUUGUGUUACAGAUGCUUCCACAGAAUAUAUUGGUGCAAUGUUGUUUAUUAGAAAUCAUACAUGACCACAAUGUCUUGAGGAAAUUUACAUAUACUUCUCUAUCAGUGUCAUAUAAUUUCUUGAUAGCAGAGUCGCUUGGGGAACAGAAGUCUAAUAUGCAUUGUAACUCCACAGCACACACAAACAAUUUUUACAAGGAAAUACCUUAUUAAACUUGUAGUACUCAAAGUAUCACAUGGAGACAUUAGACUUUCUAAUCAGUGGUCAUCGAUACUUUCACAUUGGAAUUUAUUGUUUAAAACUUACUAAAAAUCAGAACAAUUUUCUGAGAGUUUAUUUUAUCUUCCACCAUUUCCAAGUACUAAUCAUUUUCUCAUAACUCUCAAUCCUCUUAUUACAAAGAAAUGUGUGGCAUUUGUUUCUUAACAUUGUAUGAAGUGGUCAUGUGAAAAACAAAAGCAACGUACUAUGGAUUAAAGAUGUCUCUGCCUUCAAGUCUUGUAUUGAAUAUGUUGUUCCCUUUUUUUCCAGAGGUGUGGAGAAAUCUCAUUUGAUAGCCCAGAGCAGAAUGCCAAAUGUGUUCGCAUGCUAGAUCAGAUGAUCCUCUUAAGUGUUGCUGAACUGAAAGUCCAAGCAAUCUCAUACAAUCUGGUUCAUGGAGAUGCACGCCUGAGAGGUCAGACAGGGUUUCUUUCUGAGCGACGUGGUUCCUACCCAUUCAUAGACUUCCGUCUUCUUAACAUAUGUUAUCCAAAGUGGGAAUGUGGGAUUUUGACAUUUUCCUGUUCGAUCGCUUGACAAAUGGAAACAGCCUGGUAACCUUGUUGUGCCACCUUUUUAAUAUACAUGGACUUAUUCAUCAUUUUCAGUUAGAUAUGGUUACAUUAUACAGGUUUUUAGGUAUGGUGCAGGAAGAUUAUCACAGCCAAAAUCCAUAUCACAAUGCUGUCCAUGCUGCUGAUGUCACGCAAGCUAUGCAUUGCUACUUAAAAGAGGCCAAGCUUGCUAACUUCCUCACCCCUCUGGAUGUUAUGCUUGGAUUAUUGGCUGCUGCAGCACAUGAUGUAGACCAUCCAGGAGUCAACCAGCCAUUUUUAAUAAAAACUAAACACCAUCUUGCCGGUUUAUAUCAGAAUGUCUCUGUAUUAGAAAACCAUCACUGGAGAUCUACAAUAGGCAUACUUCGAGAAUCAAGACUCCUUGCACAUCUGCCGAAAGAAGAGAGUCAUGACAUUGAACAACAGCUUGGUUCCCUGAUCUUGGCAACAGAUAUCAACAGGCAGAACGAAUUUUUGACCCAACUGAAAGCUCAUCUAAAAAACCAGGACUUGAAAUUAGAGGAUGCUUCAGACAGGCAUUUUAUGCUCCAGAUUGCACUUAAGUGCGCAGACAUUUGCAAUCCUUGCCGGCUCUGGGAGUUGAGCAAACAGUGGAGCGAGCGAGUUUGUGAGGAAUUCUACAGACAAGGUGAUCUGGAGCAGAAAUUUGACUUGGAAAUAAGUCCUCUUUGUAAUCAGAAGAAAGACACAAUACCUAGUAUACAAAUUGGCUUUAUGACUUAUAUUGUGGAGCCACUCUUUGAAGAAUGGGCCAACUUUACUGGGAACACUCAUUUAUCUGAAAACAUGCUAAACCAUCUGAGAAGAAACAAGACCAAGUGGAAGAGAUUGCUUCCUAAGCAACAUGGCAUCACCAUUGACCACUCACUUCAAAUUUCUGAAAACGAAGGACAGACUUUUAAUGAAGGAGAAACCCCAUAGAGGUGGCACAGCAACAAAAUCCUGCAGGUCUGUUGACCCAUCAUCAAGACAGAAAAUCAAGAAAGCAGGAGGAAAACUGAACCUGAAGUAACCUCCUAUUGGAAAAACCUACAUUAUUUGUAGGUUUGAUUCUGAAGUGCCACCAAAUUUUCCUUCUUCAUCUUAAUAUCUGAAGCCAUUCGUCACCGCUGAUCUCAAGCUUGGGUAAGAUAAUGAAACUGGACUGAUAAGCAGGAAUCAACUCAUAGGAAUAGUGGAGGACACAGGAAAGACCAGUGCAUUUUGGGUUAUCAAGUUGCAUUAACUUUGUGUGAUAUUGAUACAGGUGUUUUGAACAAAGGCUUGGAGUAAUGUACAUUGAAUUGGCAGCUGGGCUGCACAUAAAACUCACCACCAGCAUCAUCAGAAGACAUUUGGCCACACACAGAGAGAAGUUUUAACUGACUAAUGUCUUUUAUAAUUUUUGUAUUUGAUGCAUUGGAAAAGGCAUUUAAAGAACCUUGAAGUAAGAUUAUUCUGUGUACACAAUGAUUUUUUCAUAGUGGUACCCAUUGAUCAUUUUAAGCCACUUUAGAAAAAAGACUGACAUUCUCACCGAAAUAACAAUGUUUCCUCUCGAAUCAAAAGGGAAGAGCUGUAUAGUUUAAAUGUUCCCAGAUGUCUCUUUUGAUGGCUGUAUCUGUGGCCUGUUUAUAUCACACUUGUAUGUUUUUCAUUAUAUAUACAAAUAUAUAUAUUGAUAUUGAUAUUCUCAUGCCAAAAUACAAGUAUCAUGGAAAGCUACCUGUAUAGGCAAUGGCACUGUGAACAAAAUACUGUUAGUUUUAGUAUUUGUAAAUACUAUUAAUAUACUUUCGUUUGUUUGCAGAUAAAGGCCUUCAAGUUCCAGCAUACAGUACUUUAACUUUCUGAUGGCUACUGAAAGUCUUAUAUUUUAAGUGUUUUCAUUUGCCCUGCCAAGGAUUACGUGGUCAAUAUCUGCUGGAGGUUUUUGUUUGUUUGUUUGUUUUUUGUUUGCAGGUUUCAUUUGCAUUCAUUUGUGGGCAUGAGUUCCAGUAAAUUAAUGAAGAUGCCAUUCAGCACAAUUUUUGUCAUUUUAAAAAAAACUUCAGUGGAUAAAUCUAUAAACUUUGUUUUAUGUAAAAAUGCUAAUGCCAAACUGACCAAAUGAAAUUGGACCUUGAAGUAGCCAAGGGUUGCAUCAUAUCAAGUAGUUUUGUUAAAAGUCUCCAAGAUUAUUAUAUUAUGUUGAAGAUAUCCACAGGCAUUUCUAGUAAAAAUGUAAAAAUAAUGGCAGAGCCAUAAUCCUACAUGGUUUUACUCAGAAUUAUAUUUGCCCCCAAAGUGUCCAGUUCUUUUUGUCAUAAACUGAGGUACACUUGCUGUUGUUAGUUGCAAAGUUGUGUCUGACCCAUUGUGAUCCCAUGGACAACAUUCCUCCAAGCCUCCCUGUC